AUGGUCCCUACAAUCCACCAACAACAUAGUAAAGAAUGUGCAUCUCCUGCUACUCCUUACUCGUAUGCCUGCACUUCCUCUCCAGGUCUAGAAGAGAAGGAAUCUACUGAGACAAUUACAUUGGAUAAUGACACCUAUAAUCCUAGUGUUGCUUCUUGUCAUGUGUCUGAAAAUCACACAGAGGGAUUAUUAUCUAAUUUGGAGCUUAACUUGAGCUCUGCACUUGAUGAACUGUUGCAGAUGGAUGCAUCAAGUUCUCCAGGGUCUAAAUUUGUGAAAUUUACUGCAAUGGACAAGUUACAUGUAUGGAAAGCAGAGCUGACAAAGACACUUGAAAUCACAGAUACUGAAAUUGAUUCUCUUGAGCAUGAAUUGAAGUCAUUGGUUGCUGAUGCUGGUUCUUUUCCAACAGAAUACCAGAAUAAGACUUCUGGUGGACCUUUGCCUGUGGAGAAAACUGAUAGUUCUCCAGAAGAAGUUAACGGAGUAGAAGAUUCAGAUGACAAGAGUUCAGACACAACAUCUAAGUUUGUGGAAUCCGUUUCUAAAUGCUCUGAAGAUGUUGGUAAUGAUGAUGCUUUAGGCUUUGUAACUUCUUGUGGGGACCGAAGUAGCUCUACAGUUUCAGAUGAGUUUUCUGAUAUGACAUUUGAAGAAUUCAGCAAACAGAAACUCGGAGCUGCACAAAACUGUUCUGCUACCAAAAAGGGCAACCACAAAGUCACUAAUGUUGUCCUUCCUCUCACACAAGAUUGGAGGAAAACUGGAAUUGUAAGCCCAGUCAAGAACCAAGGAUCCUGUGGAUCUUGUUGGACAUUCAGUACUACUGGAGCUCUUGAAGCUGCAUAUGCCCAAGCUUUUGGGAAAUCAGUUUCUCUCUCUGAACAACUUGUAGACUGUGCUCGUGAUUUUAACAACUUUGGUUGCAAUGAUUACAAACACCAAUUUCUUUCAAACAACAGAAGAUCUAGAGUUUAA